AUGCUUCCUGAUCCGGCACUCUCCAUCACUAUCCCCAGCGUGCACGACGACGCCACCCUUGAAUGCCGCAUCUACCACCCUCAGUCCCUGACUGCGAACCCUAGAGCCCCUCCAUGGCGCAAGCACGCCGCCAUCAUCGCUCAUCCCUACGCGCCGCUCGGGGGCUGCUACGAUGACCCGGUGGUUGAGACCGUGGCUGCCACUUUGCUGAGGCAGGGGUUCCUCGUGGGCACUUUCAACUUCCGCGGUGCGGGCAACUCGGGUGGUAGGACCAGUUGGACCUCAAAGGCCGAGAGGAGUGAUUAUAUGUCUUUUGUGGGAUUUGUCUACUACUAUGUGCAAUAUCUUGACCCUUUCCGACAAGGACAGGCUACCAAGAGCAUAACUAGCCUGCCGUCUUCUCCUGUCACCACCCAAAUCAGCAUUCAGGACGCCUCAGAUCCAGAACCUAUUGCCAAACCUUUUGUUCUUCUCCAGUGCGGUUACUCAUACGGGGCCAUGAUAACGAAGCUCCUGCCACCAUUGGAAUCUGUUUUGGAGAUCUUCACGGCUCCCAAGACUGCCUCGGCAGCAGCAGACAUUCGAUUACGGGCUCAGCAUCUGGCCGAACAGCAGAACGUCAUUCUGGCUAGUGCGCGUGCGGCCCUUGUGGAGCCAGCCAGCCCAAUGUCGCCCCGGAGGACAACUCCUGGCCUGCGGAUAGGGGGUGACGAGGACAAGAGGCGAAGCCAGGAUCACGGAGGAAGGAGGAGCUUUGCCAUCGAUGCGGAGGAGAAAGUCCGGGCCGGCGUGGCGGAGCUGCUGAAGAAGACGAAGAUGCAUCAACUCCAUGGCCACCGCAAGAAAGGGCACCAAACGAAGGAGAAGGACGCGGCAGCCGAUGCAACCGGCGAGGACGCAGACAAGGGGAAAGAGCUGGACCACUUGCCACCAGUGGCCGGGCUGCCAUCGCCGCUAGUUGCUUACUUACUGGUCUCCCCGCCGGUAGGGUGGGCCACAAACCUGAUGACAUUGAGCCUGGGCAGCCCUGUGUCAGGCAUCUUCGGGAAGCACCCCCGGCCGAAGAGUAAGGACAAGGAGGAGCAGGGCACGCCGGCGGCGCCGGCGGAGUCGAAGCAGGAGAGGCAGAAGCUGGUCGACAACCCCACGCUCGCCAUCUACGGCGACUCGGAUGUGUUUGUGGCUGUCAAGAGGUUUCGGGACUGGGCGUCGAAGCUGCAGUCCGCGCCCGGGUCACGGUUCAGGGCUCAUGAGGUCUCGACGGCCGGGCACUUCUACGUCGAGGAGGGGACCAUGCAGCGGCUUGCUGACGCCGUGAGGGCGUUCUCGGGGGAGCUGCUGGUGCAGGCUGAAGACGGCCUGUGA